GUCGAGGUGCCCGGCUGGCCACACCGCCAUGUCCGCCUGUUGGUUAGGCCUCACCUCGCAGCAGCAGCGAGUCGCCGCGUCGGAACCCGAGCAGCGCUUGCAAAGCGAUUCGGGGCGCCCGCAAGCGGCGCAGCUCCGCAGCAGGCCCGACUCGCCGCAGGCGUCGACACCACGCAGCCACGGCCAUGGCUAGAGCCUAAGGAGUCUUCCGGCGUUGCCAUGGGCCCCUAGACUGCUGCUGAGCCAUGGACCACCAGCGACGGGGCACCGUGCGCUCCAUGCACGGGGGCGGCCGGUCGCGGCGGCCCUCGUCAGCCGUGGACUCCAAGUACCCGAGCAUGGACCGCUCAUGCGCCAUCAUCCUCAUGUACGGCAUCUACUUCUGCUACGUGCUGGCCUGCUUCGGUGCCAUGCUGGCGGUGGCCGGCCUCAUGUUGCACAUCUCGAGCGAGCAGCCUGGCGCGCAUGACAAGGGCAAGAUCAUCGCAGGCACGGGCAUCGGCAUCUGCGCCGUGUGCUUCGUGAUCGCCUUCUACUGCCGCUCAGUGCGGCUGGACGAGCAGAUCAUGGAGACCAUCAAGGAGACGACAGACGACCGCGAGUGGUCUGUCUUCAAGAACCCCAAGGCCGGCUGGUGGCACAUGCGCUAUGGCAUGGCCGACCAGAGCUCCAUCCGCUCCAGUGCCACCAUUCAGUGCAAUGUGCGGCCAGAUUCGGCUGCCUCCACUUCGUCUGUUGUAGUCUACUACCAGACCAAGGGCCACGAGACUACGCCCUCCGAGGCUAGCCCCAGCCACUCGAACAGGAUCAAGUGCAGCACGGACAGACUCUGAGCCGCCACCGCCGCCGUGCGCUCCUUGUUCGCGACGCUGCAGGCCAGAGCACCUUCCACGUGACUGAAACGUCGCGCAGACCGCAUACUUUGGCCAAAGCCAGCCACAAUGAUUUCUUUCGAUGGAACACCAUUUGUCGUAUAUAGAUUUUUUUUUACGCA